AUGAAACCCUUGCAUUUUUGCUCAAUGAAGGACAGAAGAAUGUUCAAGCAAUGUUUUGGCCCUUUUCACUGGCCUUGCAGUUCUGGCAAUCUGAUUUCUGCAGCUUUUGGCGUCUGCAGGGUGCGAUAUGGGCGGGUGACAGUUCUUGACGCUGGCAGUCGUGCACAGCUGUGCUGUGGGGCAGUCUACCCUGACUGCGUGACAGAUGCCCCACCGCUUGUGUUCGAUGUGAUCUUCCUUGAUGAUCGCUGGCUCUUCACCAUGGACUUCGUGCCGCUCUUCGCUGGCCCUGAAUAUGAAGCGUCUUACAUUGCACCUUUAAAAGACGUCCGGGCGCUGCAUCAGCGAAUCAUGGUGCCCCUGCCAGACGCAUUUUACAGUGGCAAUCGAUGGAUAUCAACAGGCCUCAUGUUUGCAUCUUCAAACAUGUUCAGCAAGGACGGCACACGGGCGUCCGAUUUUGCAGAAGGCGUUGUGUCCAGCUUCUCUGACGGGCUCGAACAGUACGUCUGUGCAGUCAGCCGCGCUGCACAGGAGAAGGAGCGGUGGCGUCUGGACGAAGAUGCUCUCGGGGCGCAGAUGUCGCACAUCGCGUGGCUGUGGAAGCACACACACCCCAGCCAUGCCCUCCUGCAGAAGUAUGUUGGAGAAGGGUGGACGCGACUCGUGAAGGAUGUCCUGUGGCGGGACACACACGGACUGGACCGCUGGGGCGCCCGCGCGACGGACGAUGACCCCUCAUAUCACGAGGUCUACUCUGACGAACUGAGCGCCGCAGGGGGGGACGUGCCCCUCGCCAACAGGCGGCUCAAGUCGCUUGGGCUGUCGCCCCUGGAGUACAUUUACGUGAAACCUGACCCAACCAUGCUGGACAUCAACAAGGACCUCGAGCCGGAGUGA